GGCGCCGGCUGCAGCAACCGCCUCUGCCCCGGCUAUAAAGGCGCGCCCUUUGGCCGGCCAGCUCCUCCUCUCUUCGUCCGGGCCAUUCCCCCUCUCUUCGUCCGCGCCAUGCCUCUCGCCUCGAUUCGUCGUCGACUGGUGCCUCGCCUCCUCUCGCGCCUGGUUCUAUCUCGCUCAUCCUCGCUCGAUUCGUCCGUUCGGAUUAGAAGAACCAGAUUUGGUUUUGCUCAUCUGCGGGGUUCUUGAUUUAUUUGGUUCUGCUCAUCCUUGCUGUCAUUCGUUCAGAAAUCGCGUCUGGUUCUUUCGAUUCUGCUCGUCCUCGCCGUCGUUCUUUCAGAAAUCGCGUAUGGUUCUUUCGAUUCUGCUCGGCCUCCCUCUCGUUCGUUUAGAAAUCGCGUCCGGUUCAUUCAAUUCUGCUCGUCCUCGUUGUAGUUCGUUUAGAUUAGAAAUCGCGUCUGGUUCAUUCGAUUCUGCUUGUCCUCGCCGUCGUCAGCUUAGAUAUAAUCUCCUCUGAUUCUGCUAGCUCGUUCUCGCCGUAGUCCGUUUGCAAUCGCGUCUGAUUUGAUUCUGCUCGAUCCCCUGUGUUGCUGCUGGGUUCGUUACACCGAUGCUCUCGCGUGUUCUUCGUGCCGUCUCGUCGGGGUAUCCAUGGAGGAAGCGAGCGAGCGUUCGGUCGGUUUGGGUCGUCUGGUUUGCGAACUAGCAAGUUUGUUUGAGAAACUUCUGCGUGCGCUUCUGUUAUCUGAGAGGCACUCACGUUCCUGCAUUUCUUGUUCGCGUCGGGUCGCGUCUGCUUUUGAAAUUGGAUUAUGGUUUAUCACGCUCGUUCAGAUCGGUUCCUCUGUUCCAUCACAUGCGCUGUUCAUCGGUUACUUUCUUUCAUAUCUCAAACGCAUGCGCCCUUUGAUACUAGUUGAUGGAUGUUCAGAUCUCAAACGUUGCGUUGUCCAGAUCGGUUAUUCUGAUUGAAAUUGGAUUGUUGACCCUAUGUCGAUUCUUAUUCUACUUGUUGGAUGUCCAGGGUGUUACUGCUUAUGUUCUUUUCAAUUGCUUAAUUCUUGUCUUGCUUUGCUUAUGUUCCCAUAUAUUGUUAUGUGUAUUCAGGGGUGCUUAGGCAGAAAGUUUUACUAGAGUGCAAAACCAUAUAAUUCCUCAUGUUGCUGCUACUUCACAGUGCUUGAAUUUCUUUAUAGCUUUAUCUGAAUCACCCUCACAGCUCUAGAGAAAUCAGUUUACUCAUUCAAGUUCUCGAAUUUCUUUAUAGCUUUCUCUGUUGUGCCCCUAUCUAUGUCUGUUUCUUGUGUGCAAGUGCUCCAUUCUGUGUGUCUGACUGUGUGGCUUGAUGGUGAAUAUGUCUGGCUUGACUAUGUGUGUGUGUGUGUGUGUGUGUGGCUUGACUGUGUGUGUGUGACUCGGUGUGGCUUGACUGUGUGUGUGACUCUGUGAAUAUUGCAUUUGCUUGAUGGUGUGGCUUGUAUGCUUUGUUGAAUGAUUGGUUGUAUAACUUGUGUUUUACACUGUUGGGGCAUGAUUGAUUGCUGUUUGUUGAAUGUGAACUCAUAUCUUGACGAAUAAUCAUGUAUGCUAACUUCGUAUUGGUAGUUCCUGAUCAUAGGUAACACACCUAUUACUGCUAGCUUGUUUAGUGUUGACUAACUAUUCUUUUUUUGAUUUUUUUGUGAUUAUGUCUUCACAUUGCACUGCUCGAUCCAUAUCGACAUGCGCACGCUAUCUGAUGAGGAUAAAGAUGUAAGGAACUCCUCCCAAGAAUCUCCCUUACUCCUUGUAUUAACUUGGCGACUAGACUUUACAUGUUAAAAAAAUAUUAUUUUCGUGAAACUGGAGCUCCUUCCUGUAACCCAUUAUACGACUUUAUGAGCAUGAACCACUUUCAGGUUAUGAAAAAAUGAGGUGCUCCAAACAAGAUUGACUUCCUCUCUCUCUUUCUUAUACAAUGCAUGCAGAAGAUUGCAGCAAGCACAUGAGUUCCUCUCAAAGUUAGGUGAUCUUAGUCAAACUCUGUUUUUUGCCAAAAUUGAGAAUGUGGAGGGCUUGAACCAUUUUGACGAGAUCCUAGAAGAAGCAGAUGGUAUAAUUCUUUCAAGAGGAAACCUUGGAAUUGAUCUGCCACCUGAAAAGGUGUUCUUAUUAUUUCAGAAGUCUGCUCUGCACAAGUGCAACAUGGCUAGAAAGCAUGCUGUUGUUACUCGUGUUGUGGACAGUAUGACGGACAAACCUAAGGCCUACUUGUGCGGAGGCAACUGAUGUGGCAAACGCGGUGCUGGACGGAUAUGCUUCCCGCUAAAGCACCAGCAGCAGCCAAGAAGAUUGAAGAAUCCAAUGAAAGUUCUGAUUCUGAAAGCUCUGACUCUGAGAAGCCAGCUACUGAAGUGAAGAAUUAUGCGGUUGCUACUGCACAAAAGAAAAACCAGGAAUUGGACGGCUCUGACAGUGAUUCUGACGAUUCAUCAGAUGGGGAUAUGGCCACUAAAAAACCAGUAGCCAAGAAAGUGGUAGAAUCCAGUGAAAGUUCUGAUUCUGACUCUGAGGAGGAUACCACUGCUAAACCAGUUCAAUCUUCCAAGGUUGUUGUUGUUAAAAAGAAUAAAGAAUCUAGUGAUAGCUCAUAUUCUGACUCAGAUUCAGAUACUGAAGAAGAUACCACUGCUCAAACAAUUUCUGUAAAGAAAGAAAAAUCUAGUGGUAGCUCAGAUAAUGACUCGGAUUCAGAUUCGGAUGAACCAGCAAAAUCUACUAUUCCUGCUAAGAGGCCUCUGACAACAGAGAAAAAGAGUGAACAUUCCAAGGAUGAUUCUGAUGAUAGUUCUGAUGAGAGUGAUGAAGAGUCUGCACUAAAGAAGCCUAAGGAUCCAUCUUCUAGUGGUGCCAUGCCAGUCUCUAAGGUUGCCAAGAAAGAAAGCAGUGGUGAUGAUGACAGUUCUAAAGAGAGCUCCAGCAGUGAUGAUGAAAAUGAUCAAUCAAUGUCAAUGGUGAAGUCCAAGCAGAACGAAGAACGAAGAUCUGAAUCAUCCUCACCCCUCUAGAGAAAUCGGUUUACUCAUUCAAGUUCUAGAAAUUCUUUAUAGCUUUCUGAGUUUACUUUGGUCUUGCAUGUGUUAGCUUUCUGUUUGUGCCCCUUUCUAUGUCUGUUUCUUGUGUGCAAGCGCUCCAUUCUAUGUGUGUGACUCUGUGACUUUUUUUGUGUGUGUUGCUUGACUCUCUGUGUGUGUGCUUGACGGUGUGUGAAUAUGUGUGUGGCUUGACUGUGCGUGUGUGACU